UUCUGGUCGGACACAAAUAUUAGCUAAACUCCAAAUUAGAGUUUAAAAAACCUUAAUAAAUGCCAAAAUAGUCAAAAAGAUAUAUAAAGAUUUGUUAGCUAACAGAGGAAAUUUAGCCUUUUAACACAGAAACAAUGCUAACUUCUGACGAGGCGUAAAAGGAGAUUUUGUUUUAUUUUUGCACAAAUUUUAGCCAAUUAGAAAUAAAAAAAUAUUGUUUAAUCAGUCAAUUUAGAUUUGUAAUAACGCUGUUAAAAUGUUGUACUUUUAGUCAAAAAAAUCUUACAUUUUUAUAUUCCUGAUUUUGAAUAAAGUAAAUAUUUGUACUUUCAAAAUAAAAGCCUCUCUUUGAGAGUAAAUUUGUGUGCAAAAAGAUAAACAUAACAUGUGGUUUCACAGUUUGUAAUUCAAAACAGAUUGAUAAUCAUUAUGUAAAUAUAUAAUACCAAUAGUGACAUUUGUGUAUGAAAACAUGGUGUAGGUAGCUGUUAAUGUGGGCCUGCUCUGAUGAGCUCAGUUCCUUUCUUUUCUUUUUUUUUAAUUGAGCAUCACCAUAAUCCCAAAAAUUACAUUUCCAAGUUAGGAUAGUAAAUAUUUAAUUCAGAUUUAAUUAAAAAUUAUGAUCUCACUUAGUAAAUUUAGUCUUUUAAUCCAAUGCUAACUUUUGACAAGAUAUAAAAGGUGAUUUUGUUUCGUUUUCAUACAAAUUCGUGCCAGUUAAAAUUAAUGUCAACUUGAGUGAAAAAAGAUAAAACAAAAAAUGUGUGGCUUCAUUAUUCGGAAUUUGAAACAUAUUAACAUUAAUAGUGACAUUUGUGCAUUAAAGCAUGGCAGGAGAAGCUGAUGAUGCGGGCCUUCUCUGUUGAUCUUAAUUCUCUUUUCUUUUUUUUUUUUUUAUGAAGCAUCACCAUCAUCACAUAAAUUUGGAUGGUAAAUAAUAAACUCAGAUUUGAUUAAAAAUUGUUAGAUAAUUUGAUUUUCUUUCAAAAUAAAAGUCCCUCCUUCACAUGUUGGGUUUGGCAGACAUGGCCUCCUCCAGGAUGACCCUCAGCCCUAUCCCGAUCAUCACGAGCACGGCGGCGCGUUCACGUAAGCCUCUUACAGUAAUGCUCCUCUUGCUGAAGCGGCAGCCAGUCCUGAGGAAGCGGCCGGCUCCGGGGCAGGCAUGAAGCUUCACCUGUGAGCCCCCCAGACCUCUGCCCCGCAGAAGCAGACAUGCUGGGGGGAGACGUGGUGGCUGUGUGGGAGGUAGCCCUGAGCGAUGGGGUGUACAGGAUUGAAUUUGCUCACGGAACCACCACCGGGAAACGAAUCGUUUAUGUGAACGGGAAGGAAGUUGUGAAAAAAGACUGGAUGUUCAAGCUGGUCGGGAAGGAAACCUUUAUGAUCGGAGGCUCCAACAUCAAAGCCACCAUCAACAUAGAAGCUGUCAGCGGCUUUAGUUAUGAAUACUCACUGGACAUCGACGGGAAGAGUUUGCAGAAGUUCGUAGACGACAGAGCCAAGACCACAAAGACCUGGGUGUUCCAGGCGGACGGGACGGACUACAGGGUGGUGCUCGAAAAGGACACUGUAGACGUUUGGUGCAACGGACAGAAAAUGGAAACAAGGGGAGAGUUUGUAGAUGAUGGCACAGAAACCCACUUCACGGUGGGGGAUCACGAAUGCUGCAUCAAGGCGGUGAGCAGUGGGAAGAAGAAGAGUGGCAUUGUGCACUCCCUGCUGCUGGACGGAGAGAAAAUUCCUGUGUCCACGCUGUGAAUCUGGAUCACAGAAAUAUGUCUGCAUGCAGAAGAAAGGACUUUAUUUAUUCUUUUUUCAUUUUUAGUUUAGUCACAUCAGUUUCAGACGAAUAUUGUAAGGUAAAAUGAAUGUUCGUGUCCAUGAGCAGCUUGAAAGUGUGUCUUCAGUUUGUGCUUUUAUUUGUUACCGAGUGACAAAAGAGAAAGAUCUCAAGAAGAAUCGUGUUGGAGUCUGCGCAGACUCAUGGCAACAACUCUUCGUUUGAAUGAGGCAGUGUUAAGCACGCGGGAGUCGAGCAGUCAAAAACCGGAAUUUGAUGCCUGGAAAUUUCAAAAUAAAAGCUCCUACAAUUAAACUAGUUUUUUUGUUUAUUUAAAUUAGCUGUGAACAUUAAGUAAAAAUAAAAGUCAAACUCUCCUGCUUGUAUUAAUAUGGCUGAGAAUAAAUGAUAUUGUUUACCAC